ACUAACAAGAAGAGAAAUAAAGCUAAUUUUAAAAAAAGAAAUAUCCUAAAACUCUCGUGACUGUUAGGACACAGCGAAGUACGUUUCAUUUUCCAUAUAUGGUGUGCUUACGUUUGGGUGUGCAUCUGUCCAUCCCAAAGCCUGACGUGCAUAUAAAUCCACUACAAAGAACGUUUAGAGAUCUUGACAGUCGACGGGUUUUUGAAGCAAAAUGUCCAGCAAAUCUAAAACCAAGAAGACUGCAAAAAAGAGGGCUCAAAGAGCCACCUCCAACGUCUUUGCUAUGUUUGAACAGUCUCAAAUCCAGGAAUUUAAAGAGGCGUUCAACAUGAUUGACCAGAAUCGCGACGGUUUUAUCGAUGCCGACGAUCUCAAGGAUAUGUUCGCUUCUCUCGGCAAAGACGUUAAAGAUGACUACGUGGAAGAUAUGCUUAGCGAAGCGAGUGGAGCCAUCAAUUUUACAAUGUUUUUGACAUUAUUUGGCGAGAAAAUGAACGGAACAGACCCUGAAGAUGUCAUAAGAAACGCGUUCGCGUGCUUUGAUGAAGAAGGGAGUGGGAAGGUGGACGAAGAUAGAUUGGUGAAUUUGCUUCAGUCUGUGGGCGACCGGUAAGUUGUUAAUAUCAUCCGUGAUGUUUUGGUCCUUGAGACAUCUUAAGUUCAAACCUGGGCACUUUCACAAGUGUGACUCGAAGACACUAAAGUUAUGCUUCACUGGGAUUUUCUUGUUUCAUUGCGCGGAGUUUUAAAGCCAAAGUUUGACCUAGUUCGUGAUCUGACCCACGGUUAAAUCUUUAAGUAGACGGGUUGUAGUUGCUUUUCUCUUAAAACUCAGCGUGAGUUUUAUUGCUUGAAUAAAAGGCCUCUUUGUGUGGAAAUUAUAAUUCAUAUCGUUUCGAAUUCUCCGAAAGACCUUUUGCUCCGCAUGUUGUGUACAUUUCAUGCACAGUUAAUGAUUGUUGAUCGAUUGCACAGUUAAAAAUUGCUCAGCGGGUUAUCAGAAAACGGGUCUGCCAAUUCACUGAUCCGUUAUCGUUGGCAAAAUAAAGAUAAACCGUACUUAUAAACGAAGAAUUUUCACAUUUUCGUAGCAGAUGUCAAGAUUGUUAAGAACUGAGUACAUUCCAAAGUAUGCUGUGUACAAAAAUAUUCACACUCCGGUUAAUUACACCGCAACAUUCCGUUACGUCCGCUGUUCGAAUUUCCCAUUUGUGUCCGUCCUUUUUCCAAGCGAAAUUGCUAUAACAGUUCAUUAUAAGAAUGUUGUGGCUUACUGUGCCGGUUUUUAAUAAAUUUGGAACAAGUUGUUUGCUUUCUGACGCUUUCUUAUCGCGGUUUGAUCAACAAUGUCCAAUAUCCAUCGAAACAUUCAAUUAGCAUGUCUAACAACAGAAUUCUUUUCAUGUGUACAUGAGAGCGGUAUCGAUCAUAUCGUUUGGGAAAGCCCUCGCCCUCCAUAAUUGUCAUAUCUUUGAAAAGACAGACAUGACAACUAAUUAGAGACUUCACAGACUCAAAGCAAGGACUUGACGAACUCCUUGUCGCAAAAGGGAAUAAAAAGACCUCUGUCCGUUUGCCGCAUCCAUAAAUCUCAUGAGUAGUUUGGGAGGUAAUGUAGUUUUUUGGACAGAAUGUAAUUAGAUGUUCUGCAUAGCAGUUCUCUGGAAAAGUACAAAGCAAGAUUGGCAGUUAAUUAACCUUUAGUCUGUCAGUAUUGACCUAUUCAAGAUUGCCCAGUUUAAAACUUAGCCAUGAUCUUAUCCCACAGAACAAACAUCUAAUUGAUCAAGGCACCUUCCAAAUUUCACUGUUCUAUAGAUCAGAGGUUAUUGCUACCCCUUACAUAUAUUUGCAUAAAUGGGUGAUUCCAGAAAAUAUCCAUACCCUACCACGGGUGGCAUGAGUAUUUUAACCCCCCCUUCUUGGAAAUUCCAAAAUACUUAUGCCCCCCUUGCCCUCCAAAUUCCAAAAUCGCUAACCCCCCCUCUCCUCCGGAAUUUUCCACUUUUGUUUCAGACCCUUUGCGGGAAUUCCUGUUCGUCUGCCUAAAUCUUUAAACGAACGAGAAACUUGCACUUUUUCCCUCUGCAAAAGAAUUCUGUUCACAAUUUUUAGUCAGACGAUCAAGCAACUCAAGUUUGUUAACGUUAGUACACCGUAGCUAUUCCUUCUAAGCAUUAUCUUUAAGCUGCUUACCACCUAAUAGAACUUUAAAAUAUACGUCCGUUUAAGGAUAUCAGCUCCUGGAAUAAAUAGUUAUUUCGAGGAAAAAUAACUAUUUAGAACUGAAUGAUCAAAACACUUGCGCAUAAACAGUUUUGAAUUAAACAUCGCAUCAAAAGGCAUGCUGUCGGAUUUUACUACCUACAUGUUGGCAUGAAAAUCGGCGUGAAAUACAAAAUCUGUCAGGCGUUCUAUUUGGAAACGAGAGACUGGUGCGAGUUUUCAGCACGCAACAACACAUCGUCGAUCGACAAUCGGUGAGAAACACCGACUUGGUUAUGUUUUUAUUAAUCAGUUGACUAAUUCAUCAACUUUAAGGCCUCUUCGAAGUGGAGCUUGCUGCACAACCCAUCUGCUUACCCAUCUGCAUGAACGCAUACUUCUUCCGAGGUCGGUUCGUGCUUCAUUUACAAACUGGGAAUGUUAACAGGUCAGCGAUUUCAAGUGGAGCUUUCGCUGUCUUUCCUCUGGAAAUUCACUGAAUUCAGAGCUGAAACACCCCCAUGCCUUUGGAAUUCCAAACUGCGUUACCCCCCCACGUCUUCGGAAUUCCAGUCCAAGAAACCCCCCCUCUCCCUCGGAAUUCCAAGAUGCCGCCCGUGGUAUGGUAUAGAUAUUUUCUGGAAUCACCCAAUAUAGUGAAAGUAUAAAUGCACCAGUCAAUUGAAACCACUGUCCCCCAACCCCCCUUGGGGGGCAAUAAGGGGGACAUAAACGUGGAAUUGCGCUUUUGUAACACCUCUGGGAGGAUGGGGACAGUCACGAUUUGUGAAAUUAGCGGGGAUUUUUUGUGGGCUGUAACGCCAGCCAUGACAGCAGGACUGGGCCAGAGCAAACAAGCGCUAGUGUCAUUGUUGCAAUUACUUACAGUGUAAUGCCAAAACACUUUGGCAAAUCUAACACUCUGAUCAUUAAAUGAAUUUAGUCCAUUAUUAGUAGUUAUAUAGCUUCUAAUAAAUUGGAGCAUUGUUUAAUACGUUCUAAAGUGAUUGCCAUAGGGAACUUAGGGAUUGAGAAGAGGGUGGGUGGUAGGGCCUGUGAAUAAACACUGAUGCCUUCAUUCCAGGCAUGACCUUGUUAACUGAUGAACAGAAUGGAUGAUGGCAGUGUUGAAGCUUUGUUCAGAGGGCAUUUCCCUCCCCAACCCCCUGUCAAUUUGAGUAUUUCAACUGAUUACUUUUCAGAACCCUCGAAACUACCCCCUACCUCUAAGCUAUUGCACGUGGCAUGUACAAAAUGCAGUCACAGGUCACAAGUGCAGGUUAGAGUACUGGUCACUGUGCUACAAAAAAUAAAGAACAGUAAAAGUGUCUCCUUGUGCUAAUUACAAUCCAGUUUUAACCAAGGGGAAACUGCUUAUAUCAGUCAUUUAUCGAUAGAGUAGUGACCUGUGUUUGUCCUGCCACAUUGCACCUCUGCUAAAAAUCUUCAUUAAUAUUUUUUAAACUGAGUGCUGUGACUAAUCAUUUUCCUUGUUUUGUUCAACAGGUUUACAGAUACAGAAAUUGACGAGAUGUUACAUGGAGCACCUGUUGAUUCCAAGGGUCUCUUUGAUUAUGUGAAAUUCACCAAAAUUAUCAAGCACGGAAAGGAUGAUGAUUAACGAGGCAUUCCCUGGACAUCUGGACGCACAAAAAAAAACUUUCUUUUAUUUUCUUAUACUCAGUAGGCUUGCUUAAAGUAUUUUUUGCAUUUUUGUAUGAAAAGGAAGAAGACUUAUUUAAUCAUACUGAUCAUGGAAAGGAUGAUGAUUAACGAGGCAUUCCCUGGACAUCUGGACGCACAAAAAAAAACUUUCUUUUAUUUUCUUAUACCCAGUAGGCUUGCUUAAAGUAUUUUUUGCAUUUUUGUAUGAAAAGGAAGAAGACUUAUUUAAUCAUACUGAUCAUAUUAUUAUUUUGUUUAACAAGUUAAGAGAUUAAAUUUCACAUCUCCUUGUUACAAAAAAAUAAGAAAGAUUGUGGAUAUAACUUUCUUCUUUUUCCUUUUAUUUUGACGAAAGUUGUUAACAACGCACAUUGGGAGAGAUAUACAGAUAAAGCCUGUACCAAUAAAACCAAUAUCCAAAAACACUCAUUUUGAAAAUGAUGCCAGGGACCACACCUUUUCUUAAAGCACAGGCUUGGAGCAAC